AUGGAGGCGCGUCGGAUCGUUUGCAAGUCGGCAGCGUUCUCGACCGACAUUCUUGAUGCCUUGCACCGCAGAGCGCUCUUCUGCUCACAAGGCGAAAGGCGCUCGAGGUGCGAGGCAAGCAGUCUCUUCGCCAAUAUGACUCCGUAUCAUCCUAUUCUGUCGUCCAUGACUCUGCGACGUCUGGACAGCGUCUCACUCGGCCAGCGCGGAGAGCAGCAGCAGCAGCAGCAGCUUCGCUCGGACAUGCAAAGUCACGCACGGUUGGCCAUCACUUCCUUCUCUCCGCACAGCAACGUUGCUCAUCUCCAGCACAGCUACCGCCACCACACAUCGAACUCUCUACCAUCCUAUUCGGCAGCUGCUCGGCUCGCUUCAUCGCUUCUUCAACCCUCGAGCGCCACAUCGACACCGUCAGGUCUUGCGAUUCCGGCCCACCAGCCCAAACCAUCUUAG